AUGUCAUCGACGGUCGAGUUCUCGUGGCCGCAUGCGCUGCGCGAAGCCGCCGACGUGGUGGUGUUCAACGGCAGCGAGGCGGCCCUCACCGAGAAGCCGCUCAAGGCUUCGCUCGACGAUACCGUUCGCAUCUUCUUCGGCAACGGGGGCCCGAAUUUCACCAGCUCGUUUCAUGUCAUCGGCACCUGUUUCAGUAAGGUGUAUCGCGAUUCGGAUGUGCUGAGUCCGCCGGCGCAGUGCGUGCAGACGGUUAGUGUGCCCGCGGGCGGGUCGACUAUUGUGGAUAUGAAGAUGGUCGUCCCGGGGACGUACACCAUAGUGGAUCAUGCCAUUUUUCGUCUGGAGAAGGGCGCCAAGGGGUUUUUGAAUGUUUCGGGGGAGCCGAGGCCGUCGUUGUACUAUAGUGCGCUGCCGCCGCAGCCCUGUGAGGGUUGUAAGCUCCACCCUUGA